UCAGUGUCAUCAUUGUAAACCAGCAUGUAACCACGCAUUGGGCUGAUAACUAUAUCCAAGACAAGGAUUCGUUCAUGAUCUCUUUCUCGGAGUAACAAGCCAAUGCGUGUAGAUGUUCAGCAGUCUUUUGUAGACAAAAACAAGUGUUUCUUCUAGUUCUUUGGGCAUCGGUGAAGGCACACAGCACUUUGACUGUGUGAGGAAUUACAUGCUGGAGCAUCUCGCAGGAUGAAAAAGAUCGAUUGCACAGCGGCAGACUCUCCAGGGACUGUGUGUGAUGGGUCCACAGAGCACCUAGAAGCAGAGGAAGGAGCCGCUCCAGGCUUGGAGCUCUUCCAAGUGCGCAGACGUUCCAGUCGGAACCUGCAACUGCCCCCGUUGGUCUUCCGGCAAGCUGAGCAACAUGACUGGAACAGCAAAGAGACUGAGCCGAUCGCCCGUCCCACCACCCUGGCACUGCGCACCCUCCCACUCAUCGCCAUCACAUCUGCUGACGCCGGCAGCUUUGACGUGGACAAUGGCACGUCGUCAGGACGGAGUCCCCUGGAUCCCAUGACGAGUCCGGGUUCGGGCCUGAUCCUUCAGGCCAACUUUGUGCACAGCCAGCGGAGGGAAUCCUUCCUCUACCGCUCUGACAGCGACUAUGACCUGUCGCCGAAGUCGAUGUCCCGAAACUCCUCCAUCGCCAGUGACAUUCAUGGAGAUGACCUCAUCGUUACACCGUUUGCACAGGUGCUGGCUAGUUUGAGGACGGUACGGAAUAACUUUGCAGCGUUAACCAACCUCCAGCAAGAUCGUGCAUCUAACAAGCGAUCCCCCAUGUGUAAUCAGCCUCCUCUCACAAAGGCCUCCUUCACAGAUACACCACACAGGAGCCGGUCUCCUGCUCUCAUGAGUCAUCGGAGCACACUGCCGCUCUGCCGUAUGAUUUUACCAGUAAUGAGCCGUGAUUGGCUGUGUGGAGGGGCACGAGCAGCACCGAUUAUAGGAGCAGUCCCAUAUUUGGAAGGUGUUGAGCAGCCCAGCAUCUUUCUCACGGCUCAGAAGAGCACAGCCAAGCCAUCCCACAGAAGCAUUUGCGUGGCAUUGUCUGAAGGAUUUAGGAGUGGUUCUUUUAGGAGUGGUUCGUUUCUUGCUUUUGCGUGUUUUGGAGCUUUAACAAAGAUGCCUGAAGCAAAUUAUGUACGCUCGGUCUCAUGGGGAUAUAUAAAGUUCAAGCGGAUGUUGAACAGGGAGUUAACGCACCUGUCUGAGAUGAGCAGAUCUGGUAACCAGGUCUCCGAGUACAUCUCCAGCACAUUUUUAGACAAACAGCACGAUGUGGAAAUGCCCUCCCCGCAGACGCAGAAGGAGAAGGAGAAGAAGAAAAAGCCCAUGUGUCAGAUCAGUGGGGUGAAAAAACUCAUGCACAGCACCAGCCUCACCAAUUCCAACAUCCCUCGCUUCGGGGUCAAGACGGAAACGGAAGACUCCUUAGCCAAGGAACUGGAGGACAUAAACAAAUGGGGCCUUAAUGUUUUUAAAGUCACAGAGUUUUCAGGCAACAGGCCUUUAACGGUGAUGAUGUACACUAUAUUUCAGGAAAGGGAUUUACUCAAAACAUUUAAAAUUCCCUUGGACACUUUCAUAACGUACCUGAUGACCUUAGAAGACCAUUAUCAUGCUGAUGUUGCGUAUCACAAUAACAUUCAUGCUGCUGACGUCACCCAGUCCACACACGUGCUGCUCUCCAUGCCUGCUCUGGAGGCGGUUUUCACAGAUCUUGAAAUUCUCGCUGCCAUUUUCGCCAGUGCUAUUCACGACGUAGACCACCCGGGUGUCUCCAACCAGUUCCUUAUUAACACUAACUCGGAGUUAGCCCUCAUGUACAAUGACUCGUCGGUGCUGGAAAACCAUCAUCUGGCAGUGGGCUUCAAACUCCUGCAGGAGGAGAACUGUGACAUCUUCCAGAACCUGACCAAAAAACAGAGACAAUCGCUGCGCAAGAUGGUCAUCGACAUCGUUUUGGCGACUGAUAUGUCCAAACACAUGAACCUGCUGGCCGAUCUGAAGACCAUGGUCGAGACCAAGAAGGUCACCAGUUCUGGAGUCUUGCUCUUAGAUAACUACUCAGACAGGAUUCAAGUGCUUCAGAACAUGGUUCACUGUGCGGAUCUCAGUAACCCCACCAAACCCCUGCAGCUGUACAGACAGUGGACGGACCGCAUCAUGGAGGAGUUCUUCAUUCAGGGCGACCGAGAGAGAGAGCGAGGGAUGGAGAUCAGCCCCAUGUGUGACAAACACAACGCCUCUGUAGAGAAGUCUCAGGUGGGCUUCAUUGACUACAUCAUGCACCCGCUGUGGGAGACGUGGGCCGACCUCGUACACCCAGAUGCCCAGGACAUCCUGGACACGUUAGAGGACAACAGAGAGUGGUACCAGAGCACCAUCCCACAGAGCCCGUCGCCCGCUCCCGACCAGCCCGAGGAGGGCAGCCGCUCCGCCGGAGCAGACAAGUUCCAGUUUGAACUGACGCUGGAGGAGGACGGAGAAUCAGACACGGAGAAAGACAGCGGCAGCCAGGCGGAGGAGGAGGAGGAUGAAGAAGAGGAGGAGGACAACAGCUGUAGUGAUUCUAAAACUCUCAUCACACAGGACUCGGAAUGCACAGAGAUUCCAGAGGCGGAGGAGGGAAUUUCAGAGGAGGUUUCCACGGAACCUAGCAUGGUGGAGGAGGAGGAGGAAGAAGAGGAGGACGAUGAAGAAGACGAGGAGGAGCAGCCGGCAGACACGUAGCAGCGCGUCUGGACGGCCUGAACUCGCUGCCAUGAUGGCAAAAAAUGCAAAUAUUUAAUAACAGACAAUGAAAUUGAGUUCCAAAGCGCACGUUGCACUCCGAGACCUCGGCCACUCCUCUCUCGCUCUCUUUUCCAUCUCUCUACGAGCUGCCUGGAGACGAGAGGACACUAAGACUUCGGUAGGUUGUCGUUUUAUUUGCACUCAGGAAUAAUAUUUAGUCCUCUGUUUUUUCAAUCUUGCUUUUGUUUGCCUUCGCCCUCCUCCUCCUCCUCCUCCUCUGUGAUUCUCUGUGGACGACAGUGAGGAAAUUCCCCGCACACAGCAAUGGGAGGAGAGACGUCAGCGGGAUCGACGCAGGAACGUGUCUCCUUGGAUUUCAAAGAGAUCGUAUUUUCUACGUUUUAAGUCUUCCUAAAUGUCACAAAAGACAAAAAAACAAACAUGGCCUCUUCAAUGAUUUUGUACGGUAUACAUACAGAUUUUUACAUAGUUACUUUUUAAAUAACAAAACAGCAGCUGUUGUGUUUUUGAGGAAACUUUGCGCGAAGGGUAACUUGCAAGUACGCGACGUGGGUCGUGUGUUCGCCACCAUAUACACAUCAGAAGCUGUAUUUACGUUGUUUUUUUACUUCGUCAAACACUUUACCUCUAAUGAGUCUCUUAAUACACCUACAGAUGCUUGAUGUGUGUUCAACUCAUUUCUGGGGGGUUUUCUGUCUUGUUUCGGAGCAGUUAUUUCAGCAACACUGCACU